AAAUACGGGUUAAUCUUAAAGUGAUAUUUUAAACUAAGGAAGAUCCUACAUAAUAUUCUGAAAAAUAUCAAAUCCGGUCGUAUCUUAUAUCCAGGGGGUGCUCUGAUCCGAUCCGAUCUUCAAAAAUAUCUCCACAUCCCUAAACUAAGAUAUAUCUAAAUUUCACUAACUACAAAACACAGUGAACAAAUUUUACUCCUGCGGUACGGAGCCUAUUGCUAGAAUAUUAUUAAUUUCUCUACAAAGAAGUGACCUACCCUCAAGCAAUUAUAAUAUAACAAUUAUGGCAAACAUAGCAGCUAAACGCGUGAAAAGAGAAAUUAAAGAAGUAGUGAAAGGUGGAGAGGGUUUAUUGAAAUUAGAAGUUGUAAGUAAUAGCUGGGCAGAUUUACGUGGAGAAAUCACGGGUCCACCUGACACACCAUAUGAAGGUGGUAUUUUCAAACUAGAGAUCAAAAUCCCAGAAACAUAUCCAUUUACUCCACCAAAGGUACGUUUCAUAACAAAAAUCUGGCACCCGAAUGUAUCGUCAGUAACUGGUGCUAUCUGCUUAGAUAUCUUGAAGGACCAAUGGGCUGCAGCACUCACCCUUAGGACAGUAAUGCUAUCUAUACAGGCAUUACUUGCUGCAGCUGAACCAAAUGAUCCUCAAGACGCGGUCGUAGCGAAGCAAUACAUAGAAAACCAACAAAUGUUUACACUUACAGCGCGACACUGGACCAAUAUGUAUGCAAAUGGCCCGACUGGAGUUUGGGAAUUUAAUCAAAAAGUACAGUUAUUGUUAGAAAUGGGUAUCGAUGAGCACAAAGCGCGUGUAGCUCUUUCAACAUACAAUUGGGACGUUGAAGAUGCUACUGAGCAAUUAUUUAGUUAGUAAAAAGGUACAUACGAUAAGUGAUCAUUAAAAUUGCAACGUGAACACACAAGUCCAUGAGUAUGUGUCUAAUAUAAUAUAUUAUUAUAUUUAAGUAUCUGAUACCUAAAUUCUAGUACUUUAUAGAUGAUUCAAUGGUGAUAAAACUGUGAACGAUGCUUUUGGCAGUUUACAAUUUAAAUUUAUACAUACAAAUAUUUAACAGUUCAUGAAGCCUGGAUUUGAAUUGUUACGCUUACCACACAUUGAAAUCCAUGUUUCAAUUUGAAAAGGAUAUUGAAGUUGAAUCGAAUUUUGUACUAAUAUAGCUGUAAUACAAAAUUAAUGUGUGGGCUCAAGUCAGGUGUGGACAGUAUGGUAUUUGUUAUAAGUAUGAUUUAACUGAACGCCUAGUUAUAAUUUUAAGAAACAACUGGUUCUCGUGAAUUUUGUUAAGUAUUCAUGAUAACAUUUAUUACUGUAAUGUUUCUACCAAAAUCGGUUGAGCAAAUUAAGUUUAAAUUUCACAGCACCAUCAUAGCAUACCCAAACAUGUAACCGCAUAGAAAUUCUAUACGAUUAGUUGUAAAAUAAUUUCUGAAUGGUUUCUGUACUGUAUGCUCAGCUGUGUUCAUGUGUGACUUUUUAGACAGGUAAAAAAUUUUUGUAUACCUGCUACUAUACUAUAUUUUCUUUGUUGUGCCUACCGCCAUUUAUAUUCUAUAUAAAUUAGCUUUUAAUGGUUAAACUUAUUUCACAGUUUGUGUAUAUACAUUAGGAGAAGCAACAUUGUAAUUGCAAAAUAAAUUGCAUUCUUUGUGUUAGAUCAUUAACAUGC